AAACAGUUCAGGGUCCCCUUCUGCCGCCUCCCUAGAAAAAACCCUAGAAUCACAUUGGAGAUUGGCGAUCUCGAAUUCUGCCCAAUCAAUAUAGCUAUAGUCCUUCAUUCAUCAAUCCAUCUCUUCCUCUCUUUUCCAUUACAUUCCUACAGUUUCUAUUGAUUUUACUUAAUCAGUAACAAGUUUGUUACAGAUUCCUGAUCCUCCAAGCCAUGGCCACCUUGGACUCCGACGUGCCCAUGGUCCCAGUUGGCGAGCCUUCGAGCAGCGCCGGUCCUUCCUCCUCCUCCAAGAAGAACAAGCGCUUCGAGAUCAAGAAGUGGAACGCCGUAGCCCUCUGGGCCUGGGAUAUUGUAGUUGAUAACUGUGCGAUUUGCAGGAACCAUAUUAUGGAUCUCUGCAUUGAGUGCCAAGCAAACCAGGCCAGCGCCACGAGCGAGGAAUGUACAGUUGCUUGGGGUGUUUGCAACCAUGCCUUUCAUUUUCACUGCAUCAGCCGAUGGCUCAAAACCCGUCAAGUGUGUCCACUAGAUAACAGCGAGUGGGAGUUUCAGAAGUAUGGUCACUAGAAUCUUCAUGCUGUUGAGCCUCUGUACUCACUUCUGUUUCCGCUACGGCGCUAAGAAAGAUCUGGAUUUCUUGUCUAUUUCCAUAAUCCAUGUACUUUUUGUAAAUUGUGCUGGAGUCUUCCUAUUUUCAAGGAGCAUUUGGGCUGUAUUAAUUUAGGUGUUUGAUUGGUUACAUGUGAAGUGAAAUAUGUGAAAUUCCCUAAACUGUUUUGGGUGUAAUAA